AUUGCUUUCUUUGACAUUUAUGACCCUUUCGAUAAGUGAAUUUUCACGUUAAUUAACAAAUUAUAUUAAACUCAUGUAAUUAACAAAUUAUAUAUGAAUUAUAUUUUCUUAAAGGUACUAACAAUUGGCAUCUGGUGGUUCUCUUCCGCCGCCGAUCAUGUCGGUUCAGAGAUUGUCUCAGCUCCGGCGUUACUGUCGCAAUUCACCGCAAAUCUACUUUCUCCACAAUUUCACAUCUUCUUCUUCACAACAUUCUCACCGUACUAAACCCUCCUCAAACCCUUCCAAUCACUACAACCACUUUCUCAACUCGUUAUUACCAUCACAGCCGCAGUUUGCUAUUAUUCCGCACAGUGUUCGCUUUUGCCGUUCCUUCUCCACUCGCGACUACUCGCGAGUUGGUGACAUCUCGGUGGUUGAGAACACGGAGUUGUUGAUCACCGAAAAUGUUACUGCAACUGUUGUUGAAGACUCUAUUCUUCCAGUGCGUGCCUUGAUGUCCUUGUUGGAUGCUUGUCAUGACCUUACUGGACUCCCUUGGUGGAUCAUAAUAGCUUCGUCAACAGUGGCUAUGAGGCUCACAUUAUUCCCAUUUGUAAUAUUGCAACUCCACAAGUUGAAGAGGAUUGGAGAGUUAUUUCCUAAAUUGCCUCCUCCAUUGCCUCCGCCUAUGUCAGGAAGGAGUCUCAAGGACCAACUUAAAAUCUUUUUCAAGGAGAAACGAGCAGCAGGCUGUCCUUCAUUUUUUUGGUACUUCGCCUCUCUGACAGUUCAGGUGCCCUGCUUUCUUCUUUGGAUUACGACUAUUAGAAGAAUGUCGCUGGAUCAUCAUGAAGGCUUUGAUUGUGGGGGCACUCUUUGGUUCCAGAACUUAACUGAGUUCCCUAGUGGCGUUUUUGGGCCAGUCUUUCCUUUACUGAUUGCAGGAUUGCAUUAUGUCAACGUACAGGUAUCCUUUCAGAAAUCUUCAGUUGGAAAAAUGAGUGGAUUCCUGGGAAUAAUGGCCAAGUACUACAAGAUGUACUUGGAGGUCCUGACAUUACCCCUUUUGUUUAUUACAUUCAAUAUGCCACAGGGGAGUUUAGUCUAUUGGCUUACCAAUAGUUCAAUGACUGUUGUUCAGCAACUAUCUCUAAACCAUCCAGAUGUUCGCAAAAAACUGGGGCUACCUCAGAAGGAUCCUCAAUUAGCAGCUGCACACCAGAAAGAGUUAGGUAAUCCUGGAGAAAUCAAAAUAGAUCCAUCAAAAAGUCAGCGCAAAAUAUCUGUCCAGAACCUAUCACCUCGUGAAUUGGUUAAUCUUUCAAUCAAACUCUUAGCAGGAGGACGUAAAGCUGAAGCUAUGUCCUCUCUACGACUGGCUCUUACCAAGGAUCCCGAGAAUGUUCAAGCUUUGCUUAUUAUUGGCCAGACACUGUUGCAAGAUGGUUCCUUACCAGAAGCUACUGAAUACCUGGAACGUGCUAUUGCUAAGCUUCUGAUAAAGGAGAACCAAAUGGAAAUUGAGGAUGUGGAUCUGCUGAUUCUAUCAUCUCAAUGGGCAGGUGUUGCCUAUAUACGACAGGGUAAGAUGGAAGAUGGACUUGUACACCUGGAACGAAUAGGCACUUUGAAAGAGCCAGAGGAUCCAAAGAGCAAGGCCCAUUACUAUGAUGGAUUAGUACUACUGUCAAGUGCGUUAAUGAAUGUUGGUCGCAAGAGCGAUGCGAUUAAUUAUCUGCAAAAGGCUACGGCUUAUGAUGAGUCUUACAGAGAAUUUCUGCAACAGUGCGAAAAUGAAGAGGAUGAUAUCACUAGUGACCUUGUCACUAGUAGAAGAGGAGAUUACUGACUUUUCUGAACGCAUUUUGUGCUUUUUUAACCCUUUCUGUUUCCUAUUGUCUUGUAGUUUGUUAUUUAAUUGUAUCAUAGUGAAAAUAAUCGUGUCUCUAAAAUUUUGUAGGCACCAUUCUUUCUGCUAAGAAAUUUUGAUAGGCCAAUGAUGUAAUAAGGUUUUUGUAAGAGUCCAGAUCUUAAAUUGAUGGCGUAAACAGAAUCUGUACAAAAUCUUUUUGAUAGAUAUCAAUUCUUUUUCUUGAGAUA